UUUUUCAAAACGAGGGCUGCGACGUGGCUGAGAACGAAUGACAACUAUUCUGACAAAUUGUUGAGUCAAUACAAAGAAUUCGACAGUUAAAAGUGAUUAAACACGUUGUUGGAUAUCUCUGGAACAUUCAGGUAGCAGAGUUGAAGAGUAGCUUAAGACCAUGUCCGAGACGGAGGACUCCGCCCCAGCACCCCCAGGAUUCUUUACUAAACUAAUUAGAUCUUUAAAUCAGAAACACCAGCAAUUGUUAGAUCAAUCUACACCACACACAACUGUACGAUGGGUCAUCUGGGUGCUACUGCUAGGUUUAUACUUCAUACGGGUCUACUUUUUACAGGGCUGGUAUAUAGUCACAUAUGCUUUAGGAAUCUAUUUACUCAACUUAUUUAUCGCCUUCCUUACUCCUAAGAUGGACCCAGCAAUGGAGCAGUAUGAAAAUGAUUAUGAUGAGGAUGGGCCAACUUUACCUACCAAGUCUAAUGAAGAAUUCCGACCAUUUAUGAGACGGUUACCAGAGUUCAAAUUCUGGUACUCAGCAUUUAAGGCUGUUAUAGUAGCAAUGAUUUGCACAUUCUUUGAGGCCCUCAAUGUCCCAGUGUUUUGGCCUAUACUUGUUAUGUAUUUUAUCAUCCUCUUCACAAUCACAAUGAAAAGACAAAUUAAGCAUAUGAUCAAAUAUCGUUAUAUCCCCUUCACAACAGGCAAAACCCGGUACAAGGGGAAAGAAGACACUGGAAAAGUCGCUCAAUAACAAUGUCAACCUAUAGGGAAUACUAGUAGUAAAAUGUACAUAUUUACUGUACAAAAUAUUGUAAAUAUUUAAGAAACACUGGAUAACUGAAACCUGAAAUAUUGUGCGUACAGUCAUACUUUUCAUACAUAAUAUUCAUCAAGAACUCAAAACAGAAUCUUGAAGUUAAUGUUUUAAAUCAGUCAUGGUUCUUUGAUUAAAGAAUUAUUGAGGGAGCAUAUUCUGCUUGCUGUUACAGCAUGGUACAAUGUACAGUUGUAUUAUAUUAUACGUUACACUCCUGAUUUUUGAGCUUAUUUGACAAACAUUCUUGUAAGAAGGCUAAGAUAUUUGGUUUCACUAUUUCGCUCUGUAUCUGCUUACAAAUUGUUUCAGGCAACACCAAUUUGGUGACCCGAAUUCAGCGUUUGGUAUUGAUGUCAUUGUCAAACCUUUAUAAUUGCAAACAGAUGGUGCGGAGAUUUUCUCAUGUUAAUGCCUUGUAAAUUUUUUGGGCAGACUGAUUUAUGAUUAUGUUAAGUAUGACUUGUACUAGAAUAACCUGUUAUAGUUGUAUAUGUGUAUAAAGAGAAUUGAGAUAGUCAAAAAUACGCUUUUAAAUAUGUAAGGGACUUGGUCAAAUAUGAAUGUGUCAUUUCUAGAUUUAAGCCUUUGUAAGUGA